AUGGCUGAGGUCGCGCUCGGGGUCGCAGGAUCCGUAGUCGGGAUUGUAUCCCUUGCGGGGCAACUCUGUGUCGGCAUCCAAGAACUGUAUGCGUUCCUGGACUCGGUAAAAGACGCAGAUAUUGAUUUGAAAUGCAUUAAAGACGAUGUUGUCUUUCUCCAAAAUGCCGUACAGUGGAUACGUCGAGACUGUACAGAUUCCCCCAAGCAUGUGGAUGACAGGCUUCUUAGGAUGUCUCUCGAACUGUGCAAUUCUCGCAUUACAAGGCUCUUAGCUAUUGUCGAACCCUCCGAGAAUACCGACCAUAGAACUAAGGCACUCAGAAAACUACGGGCGACGGCAAAGAAGAAGAGGAUGCUUGACUUUGUACGGGACCUAGACAGCGCAAAGAUGAGUUUGAUGCUUGUUCAUCAGCUCUAUAUUCGGGAAAACGCUCUUAAUGGCACUGUUGGAGGAGCAAGUCAAACUCUUACUGGAGGAAUGAGCUCUGGUGAAUCAGCUAUGAGACAUGAUCCUACAUGCACGAAUAGCCGUGUCGAGGAAUGUCCAAUGCACAUAAGGACCCAAACAAUCAUCAAUUCAGCCACAUCGGUGAAUGAAUAUCAAUUCUUGCUUGGAAAGUUGUCCACCAAGUCCAUAUCAAGUCGGGCUAUAACAAGGAAAUGUGAUUCCACGAGAAUUACGCAAUUCGAAACCAAAAAGAAAACUUUCAAACUUGAGCUGGCAAGAUGGCUUGCUCCCUUGAACAUAGAGCUGCAAGCUCUGCGCCGCUGGGGAAACUGGACUUAUCAAUUGCGGCAUUGGCGCGUAAUAAGUGCGAAUGCUCUUUUAUUCGAGUUGUGCCAGGAUGGGGACCUGAAAAAUGUUCAACGGCUUCUUAGUAAACGGCUUGCCUCCCCGUUCGACGUGUCACCAACGGGAGAAACAGUUUUGCAUGUGAGCUACUCCCUAUUAAAUUUCUUAUCUUUCCAGAGUGCAUUCCAGUAUGCAAUGGGGAGCCCACGAGAAGAUAAACAUCUUGAGUUAGCACGGCUGUUUAUAGACCGAGGACAAGUUGAUCCUAUGGCUUCUGGGUCGCAGUACGGCAUCAUACACGCAUAUCAUGGUCCGCCGGAGACAUUCGAGUACAUGAUCAAGCAACAUACAUAUUGCAUUGGCCCAGAAGAAAGGAACAAACAGGGCAAGACCAUUUUACAUCAUCAGAUUCUCCACAGACUCUAUUAUGGGGAUUCUUUCGAACGAAUCAAAAUCCUGUUUAUAACUGGCCAUCACAUUAUUGACAGCAGGAUUACGGAUGAUGGUGUAUAUGUUCAAUUUGGUGGGUAUACAGCGCUUCAUUGUGCUGUUGAAAGAUGGUCAUGGGCGAAAACAAAACGAGACGAACACACCGAACAGCAAGCCAAAUCAGUCGUGCAGUGCCUUCUGGAAAGAGGAGAAAACGUACACGCCAUGAGCAGGGGUCGACGCUUCACCCCCUUGACAGCAAUUGGUGAAAUGGUGAUUGAUAGUCCCAAUUCGUCCCAGGUGGAAGUCAUCCGUGAAUGGCUAGGCCUUCUCUCAAAGGCUGGCUAUGAUCUGAAUGACUAUCUCCUUACAGAGGCCAAACUCGAGCAACAGAGACCAGAAACCUGGCCACAUUUUCGCCUUACUUUCGAGGAAGAAAACGGCCAGAUACUACCGCUGCUAUUCGUGUCUUCAUCAGUUUCAAUGGCGCGUUCGCAGGAUCGUCAGGUCCCAAUCAACACGGAAAGCUCCGCCGCCACGGACGUACGGAAGAUCGAAGUUCCAAACACUGAAUCGUCAACAUUGCCAUUCCUACGUCUCUCAGUACUUUCGCAUUAUGCUCAACACUUGGUUUCAUACCUGUCAAUUGGCUUAAAUGCGAGCCCAGCUACGACGCUCCUUGUAAUCGUUCUGGGCUGUUUUAUGGUCUUAAUGUAG